AUGGCGGCCUCACCCGCCAUCAAACUGAGAGAGCCUCUCGAGGCUCUCUUCAGGAAUGCGGGCGUUCCUGACGACUUUUACCGCAGAUACAAGGAGCGGCUGCUGGACAUGGACGUGGGCGAUGCUGGCGACCUCCUCGAGGAGGUCGCUUUGAAGGGCAUCGCCUCGCUCUGCAUCCAGCAGCGCCAGGCGGAGAAGCUCCGCCGGUAUCUUCUCGGCCGACGGGGCUGGGAGGAUGCAGCUGCUGUUUUGGCAUCCUUUGGCCGCCUGUCGCUGGACGACACCCCUCCUGGGGUGGCGGCUGGCGACCAGGCGGCUGGCGGCGCGGCUAGCGCGUCCGCUCUCGACGGCAUGGACGUCGACGGCGGCUACGCGAGCGCCGAGGAGGAUGCCGGGCCGGCCGGAGGUGGGCCCGCAGCUGCGGCAGGCUCCAAAAUGGAGCCUGGCUGCCCGCGCAGCGGCGCUGGUACGAGCGCGGCUGCUGCGGGCGGCGAGGGGGCGGUGGCUGGCAGCGUGGGCUGCGGCGGCACGCGCACCCCAGAGGCGGAGAGCGGCGCCCGCGAGGCGCGGGCCGCAGUUGUUGCUGGCGGAGGUGGACCCGCUGUGUCUGUUGACACAUCGGAUUCUACGCCGCCGGCGGAGGGUGGAGAGGGCGGCUGCCCUCGCUCGCUGCUUGAUCCUGGACGUGCCCACGUUUGCGUGACCGCCGGCAUUAGUUCGCCCGAGGCAUUGGCCUCGGGGGAGGCCUGCGCUCCGUCUUUUUCUUCUUCUGUGCGGCCACGGGAUCCGGCGGUGGGCGGGUCGACUGCUGAGGCGAUCGCGGAGGCGGCGGUCGAGGCCGUCUACGGGGCACUAGUGCUGGAGGCGCUCGAGGAGUGGGCUGGCGCGAGCGCGGGCAACCCGCUAGACCAUAAUGUUACUUCCUUGCAUUUACUAUACAAACCGGUCUCAUGA